CGUAUAAAAAUGACACAUACACUGAUACCUUUUAUUAACCCUCUUUUAAAACAUCACACUGUUGUCAGUAUUAAACGUAAUGCUCCCCCGAAUACAUAUUAUACAAUAUAUAAUACAAUAUAUUAAUAGUUGCCUUGCAACGUGAUUAAUAACUAAUAAUUUACAAGUAAACUUCAGUAUGAUCCAAGCACAGAAACUUAAACUCAUAAACACGAAUAAUUACAAAUAAGGAACUUCCGAUAGCAGGCAGUUAAAUGGGCGGUUCUUGUUGGCAUGGUAACCACCGUCCGUCUGUAGCAUCCAAAAUGGCGUCGCUGCUGCCUGAGUUACUGUUUCAGAUCAGUGGUCAGGCGCCUUCUCCCUUUAAAGAUUACCAUCAUCUCACUGUAUCAAAAACAGAGGUAAUCUGGAGGUGGUGGAAGAUUUCUCUGCAUAUGAAGCAAAUUGCAUUGCCUGGAGAAAGUAAAGAGAGUCAUAAUGUGUUUCUAAACGAUUCCAGACUACAGCAACAUGUUGGUAUAGGGUUUGGAUCACAGAUCCUGGAGUACACACUUGGCCUCUGUGAAGGGAGGUUUGAUUAUCUGGAGCGUUUGUCCGAUAAACUGCUACUGCGUAUUUGUCACCUCAGCCAGACCUCACACCGUUUCAAGAAGUUGUGUGACUCUGAAGAAUUAUGGGAACAGGCGAUGCGGCGCUGUGGUACUGAUCUCACUCCUGAAAUCGAGAGGAUGGCCAACAUGUGUGGCUGGAGAAGGAUCUACACCACUCUGUAUCAUCAUACAGCCCAGCAUAGCAGCGAGGACACCAACAAGGACAUGGAAGAAGACGAGUACAAAGUUGAGCCUCAUGAAUCCCUUUCAAACAUGGCUCCUAGAAGCAUUGCGUUUAUCUCUCGUGACUGA